AAACAAAGCACACCAUGAUCGCUUUCCGGUGCGAGCUGUGCGGAUUAAGCGAAAGCUGCGACUAUCGAGGCCGUCGACCACCGUUUGCAGGCAAAAUCGAACUUUCCGAAGAGUGUUAUGUAAUGCGGGAUCCGUUCGCACCACCACCACAAGCCGUACCGGAUAAACCGUCGAGCGAACACUAUCUUCUGCUGGGUGCGGAUUGUAAUCUUUGCCAGAAGAGUGUCUGUAAAGCGAGUGAGUGUAGUUUUUUCUACGGAGCUACCUUUUGCCGGCACUGCGCCACGGCACGGGUGCAGGAAUUUCCGCUCGAAGUGCGGAGCAAAAUAAAAAAGCAAUUUGCAUAAGUUACG